AUGCCAUUCGUCAAGAAAGUCAAGUCUGAUGCCUACUUUUCACGGUUCCAAGUGAAGUAUCGUCGCCGGAGAGAAGGAAAGACUGACUACUACGCCCGCAAAAGGCUCGUCACCCAGGCGAAGAACAAAUACAACGCGCCAAAGUACCGCCUCGUCGUUCGUUUCACAAACAAGGAGGUCAUUGUGCAGAUCGUAUACGCACGUCUGCAAGGUGAUUUCGUUCUGUGUGCCGCGCGGUCGCGAGAGCUCCCGCGAUACGGCAUUAACCAUGGUCUCACGAACUGGACAGCCGCAUAUGCUACUGGUUUGUUAUGCGCACGUCGUGCAUUGACCAAGCUUGGCCUUGCCGACAAGUAUGAGGGUGUUGCAGAGCCCGACGGCACGAUUACUAUGACUGAGUCUAUUGACGAAGAAGAUGCGCCUCGUCCGUUCAAAUGCUAUCUCGAUGUCGGUCUAAAGCGCACGUCGACGGGUUCUCGGGUGUUUGGUGCUCUCAAGGGAGCAAGUGACGGUGGCAUCUACAUUCCCCACAACGAGAAGCGUUUCCCCGGCUACGACCCUGAGUCCAAGGAGUUGGACGCUGAGGUACUCAAGAAGUACAUCUUUGGUGGACACGUCGCGGAGUACAUGGAGUCUUUGGAGGAGGAGGAUGACGAACGCUUCAAGAAGCAGUUCGCCACAUACCUCGCAGACGGCAUCGGCUCGGAAGAUAUUGAGGAGAUCUUCACGAACGCAUACGCUGCCAUUCGUGAAGAUCCUACAUUCAAGCCUACCGAGAAGACAACUGACUGGAAAUCGGAGACCAAGAAGCACAUGUCCGUCAAGUUGACGCUCGCCCAGCGCAGGGAGAGGAUCCAGGCUAAGAUCGAGGCCUUCCAGGCAGGCGGAGAUGCAGAGGCAGAAGAGGAUGAUGAGGACGACGAGGAGUAG